AUGACUGUUUUGACUAAACCGCCCGUGUUGUCUGUGCCUUUAUGGGGCUCCGGAGAGGGGCCAGGGGGGCGGGGGCGGCCGCCGGGCAUCUGGGCCGCUCCCUCCCCGGGCACCGCCGCGGCCCGCACCCCUCCCCGCACACACCCUCGCCGGAAAGUUCCCCUGCCCGGGCCGGGCUCCCAGGCGGCUGGCGCGGUGCCAGGCUCGCCGCCGAGCGCGGGCAGCGGGGUGGGGCGAGCGGAGGCGGCGCCGAAGACGUGGCCGGGCGCCCCGGGCGCGAGCCGGACCGAGGCCCGGAAGGGCCCGGCUGGCGCGGCCUCAGUUUCCCCGGCUGUCUCCGCGGGCUGGGGCGUAGGCCAGGCCGGCGGCGACCCGGGGCGCCGGCGGGAAGGGGGCUGCACGCGCCACCGCCCGCCGCGGCUAAUUGGGGCGCGUGCCGCCGCCGCCGCCGCCGCCGCCGCCCCCAGACCCCGGCGCCUGGCAGGUAGGACCUGGACCCGGAGUCGGAUCCCGGUCCCCGCUCGGACCCGGACCCGGACCCCAGACCUCGGACUCGCGGCCCCGGCUCGCCCUGGAACUCGGACCCGCCCCCGGACCCCGGCUGAGCUCAGGACGCGGACUCGGACGCGGGACCCCACGCGGACUCCAGACCUCGGUUCGCCUCCCGGCCCGCGCCGUGCCCCGCCGAGGACCCGGUGCCCGGCCGGGGUCGACAGGGCCGCAGGCUCAGACUUCACUCCCCGCCCUCCGAGGGCGUGCAGGCCCCGGGGCCCAGACCCGCUGCGGACCGACCCCGCCGGGCCCGCGUCGACCCCGCCCGCCCCCUGCGUCGGGAGCGCAGGGACUGCCUGGAGGAGGCGCGCGCGGGCCUCCUCGCCGCCGGAGCAGGUGCGGGCGCAGCCGUGCCCCCUCGCCAGCCCCGACCCGCUGCAGGGCACUAGGCCGGGGCGGCCGAUGCGCCUGGUCCGCGGGCAGACGCUAGGCAGCCACCGCAGCGCCGUGGGCGCCUGUCCCCCUGGGGGAAGGGCCUGGGACCCCAGCAGAAGACACCUCUAUGCGGCGCCCUUUAGAUCCCGUGCACCCCGCCCCCACCCCCGACACCUGGCACCGCGCCCCUCCCUCCGCCGGGCCAGCGCUGUCCGGAAAGCCACCGCGGGGUCGCCCUGGGCACCGGGGAAGCCCGCCGCCGUGGAUCCCGAGCCCUGUCCCAGGACCUCGUCUAGAGCUCCGUGGCACACGCUGGCCCCCGCCGUGACGAGCCCGGCGACCCCGGCCGCUGUCCGCGGCGCGCACGGGUCUGCGCGCAGGCCAGAGACCGUCGGUCCGCCCGGGGUCCCCGAGCCGGGCCCGAGCCUGCGCGCGCGCCCCGCUGCCCGCAAUCAUGGCAGCCGGAGCCUCGGAACGCAGCCGCCGAGCGCGCUCCGGCAGCCGCCUCGGUGCCAGGGCGGCGGGGCGAGCCGGGGCCAGGGCUCGCGCCUGCCCGCCCCGGCAGCCGCGCGGCCCCAGGGCGCGAAGCCGCAGGACGAUGGGUCCUCGCGGCGCGGUGCCCCCCUGGCCGCGCCGGCAGGCGGGCGGGGCCGCGGGCCGGGGGCGCGCGGCGGGGAGCGCCCGGGGCGGCGUGCCCGCGGGGGCGCGCACGCGGGCCUGCGGGCCGAGGAGCGGGGCUCGGGCGGCGAAUCCGCUGCUCGCGCCGCCCGCCCCGCCCGCGCGCGCGGGCCCAGGGAGGAGGGCGGCAACGUGGGAAGCGCGGCCGGCGCGCUCGGGCGGGGACGGAGGCGCCGCGGGGGCCGCAUCCUCGGUGCCGACCGGGGAAAGUUUGGGAAGUCGCCGCGGCGGCUUCGCAGCGGCGGGGGACGCGCGGACCGGGCCGCCCUCCGCGCCGCGCUCGCCCUCUCCGCGCCGCUGCUGAAUAAUUCAUGGCGCGGCCGCCGGCCAUUAGCAUGCACCGGGCGCGCGGCGCGUCUGUGCCAAGCCGCCGCCGCAUUCGGCGCCCGGGCCGCGCCAGACGAGCGGCCGCGCGGCAGCCGGGCCCGCGCUGUCCCCGCGCCCGCCCGCCCGGCGGCGCCCAUUGUGCCCGGCCCGCGCCGCCGCGCCGCCCCGAGCCCGCCCGCACCCCGCAGCGCGCCCGACGGCCCGGCCCUGCAAGUUCGGGCCCGCGCCGCCCGCCCGCCGGGGAAGCACGUGAACUUGGAGAAAGUCUCGGGGCGCGCCGGCCGGGACCUCCGCGGCAGGGCGUCCCUGGAGGCGCUAGUCUCGGACGCGGAGAGCGGGUUCGGCUCCUCCGAGAGGUCCGGCGGUUCCACGCGGGCAAGCAGGAGUCCGCAGAGGAGGAGCGGCGCGCUGCGGGGCCGGGAGAGGGGGGCCUGGCCGCGCGCCUCGCCCGCUGUCUCCGUCCCGGAGCCGUCGCGCCCUGCGAAGAGUUGCGGGAGACGGCACCGCGCUGCUCGCUGCGGUUCACACGCGCGAAGGCGGGAGGCGGUCGGGACCCAGGACUCCCACCCGUGGCUCGCCCUGGGCCUGUGCGGUGUGGGCAUCACCGCGCAGCGCUGGCCGCGUCCGGGCGCAUUCCUCCGGCAAAGGCAGGGCGGUCGACCUGCGAGUCCCGGGGUCACCAGCGGGUUCCGGGCGACUCCCGAGGAUGCUCCCGACGGGCGGGAAGCUGUGGCCUCCUGCCGAGGCUACUGGGAAUACCCCAGGAUUAAACCGGACACCCGAAGAAGGGGCGUCUGCUGCUCCUCCGUGGGCCUGUGGGAACAAGGAAGGGCUGAGAGCAUCCGAGGAGGCACCCCAGGGCCACUUAGUGGGGGCUUGCUGUUUGUCACAGAUGCCAAGGCCCAUCUCUGCGGCCAAACCAAGGGGGUCCUCGGCCUGGAUGCCCCUUCGAAGCGGGUGACGCCAGGGGCGGGAGCGGCCCCAGGCCUGGUGAGGGCUGAGACGAGAGUCCGCUCCCUGCCAGGCUUCCCCUUCACCUACGGGUCGGAAGGCCAUGUGGCCGUGGCGGUGGAGCCCUUGAACACGCGGCGGGGCCUGCUGCCCUGUCGGUGGCUGAGAGUUGGCUUCGGUGGGGCUGAAGAGGGUGUGAUGGCCUCAGAGGGUGUGGUGGACCCUGGACUCGACCUCGUGGCGGCCUGCAGCCCCUCUGGGCAAGGCGGCCGGCUCCCGAGCGCCAGCAGGGUGCCCUGCAUGGGUGUUUGGCCCUCCAUGUGCCUUCCUUAUUCCGUCGUCCAGCAGCCCUGA